UACAGUAGAAGCACAGAGAAGGUUUGUUCAAUUGAGUUUGAUUUCUGCUUGGCAGGUAACAAUCUUCCUUUUUUACCCCUCACAGAAAACACGUGAUUGUAUUUCUUUCCCCAUUUUGGGAAGCCCUGCUCACCACACUACUACACUGUACAUCUGGGUCCAUUGAUGGACGAAGAAGGUGAAGUGAUCCAGCCCCAAGAGCAGAGCUGCUGGGCCACUCUGCCAGAUGUGUGCCUGCGACGUAUUUUCUGGUGGCUAGGAGACAGGGACAGGUCCAGAGCUGCCCUGGUCUGCAGAAAGUGGAACCAGAUGAUGUACUCAGCUGACCUCUGGCGAUACAGGACCAUCACGUUCAGCGGGAGGCCAUCUAGAGUACAUGCAUCUGAAUUCGAGUCAGCGCUCUGGUACGUUAAGAAAUUUGGCCGCUACCUGGAACACUUGGAAAUCAAGUUCCUGAACCCUUACAAUGCUGUCUUGACCAAGAAGUUCCAAGUCACCAUGAGAGGCCUCCUGUCGUGCCUCGGCAAGAGUAACAACCGCCUAAAGUCACUCUCUAUCCAACACCUGGAGCUGGACCGCCUGGUGUGGAGAAACAGCAUCAGGGGGUCGCUCAUCAAGAGCUUGAGUUUUUUCUUAAAGAAAAUGGGCAAACACCUGGACCAUCUCAGCCUGAAAGGGGCCCGGCUGACAGUGGAGCAAGGCUGCCACAUCCUCAACUCCUUGAGCUACCUUCGGAAUGAGAACUUGGCCUCAGAGCUCAACAUUGAGGACUUCUUCAGCCAUCACCUGGCCGUCUAUGGCAGCUCCCAGUUCAACAAGGCCAUGGCUACAUUCCACAACCUGGCGUUCCUAACACUCAACUACAACUGUAUCUCUGACGAGCUGCUCGAGACCUUGAGUGACAACAAUGCUGGCACCCUCCGGACCAUGAAUAUCAAAUGCCACGUUCACGACCCCCACGGCCAGGUAGUUUGGGGCAUGUCCUGGGCCAAGCUGGCCAGGCAGGCCAGCAACCUAAAGGUGAACUUCUUCUUCGAGCGAGUCAUGAAGUAUGAGCGCCUGGCCCGGAUCUUGCUGCAGGAGAUUCCAGUCAGAAGCAUCAGCCUAAGAAGUUGCUAUUUCAGUGACCCAGACUGGUCCAUGCGGCCCACUCUGACAGACAUUCUGCCCUCCUUCCGGAACACCCUGCAGAAGUUAACAUUUGAGUUCAACAACAAUCACGAGUCAUUAGAUGAGCAGCUACAUCUCCUCAUCCUGGCUUGCCGAAAGCUGUUUUACUUCAAAAUCUGGGCUUUCCUGGACGUUAAGUUUGUGGAGCGAAUCCUGAAGAGCCAGGAGGAGGGGCAGUGCUCCCUGCGCACACUAAAGGUGAGAAUUUAUACAAACCGAUAUGAGACAAAUGAAGAGGAUAGGACCCUACGGGAAAUUUACAGGAAAUACAGAAAGCUGAUCAAUUCAGAACUUAACUAUUUUGUCAUCGCCUACCCCAUGAUGUAAAGAGUGCUCUCCAGAGGAAGACAUCUAGACGCACUUGGGACCUGAAAACCUGGUUCUCGGUGAAUUACAUUUGGGACUCGCAUGCCCUCAUCCCUUUUCUUCUCUCUCCUUUUUGCCAGUUCUACACCAUCAUGAACAGCCUGGCAAUGGCUGGACUGCUGGUGACGGCAAGGUCCCCAAGCGUCUUUAAAGUGCUAUCUUUGCCAACAAUCCCGGCUGAUUGCUUUUUGUCACCAAAGUGCAGUUUGGUGUAGUUUUUGUUUUGUUUUGUUUUGGUUGGUUGGUUUAGUUUGGUUUUAGACAUUCCCACUCAGCCACAGAGCAAACUCAAAGUAUUUUUCUGCCAAGGGAGUCUGACUCCUGCUUACCUGAAUUGAUGUGACCAGCCAGUGAACAAACCUUCUACCAACCGACUGUACCCAUUUGGAAAUGCUUUGUAGCUGGGCGAUGGUGGUGCACACCUUUAAUCUUAACACUUGGGAGGCAGAGGCAGUUGAAUGUCUAAGUUCAAUGCCAGCCUGGUCUACAGAGCAAGUUCCAGGACAGCCAGGGCUACACAGAGAAACCCUGGAAAAACAAAACAACAACAACAAAAAGAAAUGCUUUGUAUCCUGACUGACCUUCAUGUCAGAGCCUCCUGACCUUGAGGUGGUCUGGGACUGAUCACACACACACAGAACCCACCAGUAUGUCCUUGGAUGAAGCAGGACCACUCCCACUUAAGAUACCACUGCUCACAGAGGAACUCGGGCGCUGGGUUAUCGGCCCUGUGAAAGGCUCCUGCCUCAGCUUGGCCCAUGUCUCCUUUUAGUUUUCUAUUCAGGUGGCAUCAUGUUCAGCCUGCUGUGGACCCUCAAGUCCCCAGGUGGGAAGACAGACUAGAAGUGGCAGUUACACCCAUGUCUAUAAUGAAUCUGUAAUGUAUCCUGUCCUAAUGCUAUGGUAAGAGGAAAAAAACCAAAACUCUUUAUUUAGAAUAAUGUCGAUGACAUAAAACACAUCUAAAGAUAUUUUUAAAAUCUAUAAGAGAUGUAACAAAAGUUGAUUGGAGGUAGAAUUUUGGCGGAUAUUUUUUGUCUUUUUUAUGUUUUCCUUUAUUUUUCAACUUUUCUACAAUGACAACACCAUUUUUGGUAACUAAGAACAUGAACUAGGAUGUCUCUGAACAUGAGUGACCACUGGGUCCUGAGGCUGGCUCACAGAUGUUUCUUUUGUUCCUUUGAUGUCUUUUAAAGCUUCUUCAUUUUUUUAUUUGUUUGUUUAUUUGUUUAUGGUUUUUUGAAACAGGGUUUCUCUGUAGCUUUGGCUAUUCUGGUACUCACUCUAUUCCGCCUGCCUCUGCCUCCCGAGUGCUGGGAUCAAAGGCAUGUGCCACCACCGCCCAGGCUGCUUCUUCAUUUUUUUAAAUUGACCUAUCAAAUGUGAGAUAUCAUUAUAGCAUUAUCAAACAAAGUGAUAAUUCUCCUCUUCUUCUCCCUCCCCUGUUCACUAUCCCCCUUGUAAAUCCCUCGAGUCUCUUUUCUUAAAUCAUGUGUUCAUUUGGCCCCAACCUACCCCUCACGCUGAUCAUCACACAUCCUCCUUUAUCCGUUUUUUACUCUCUCUUGGUCUCUUUUCAAAUACCUUAAGUUUUACCCACAUUUACCUUCAUUUACAUAUAUACAUGCAUACAUUACCAGCUAGGAUCCCCAUAUGAGAGAGCAUGUGUCUUCAGUCUUUCUAAGUUUGGGUCACCUUAUAUAAUAUUAUA